UCAAAUUGCCAAGUUUGAGGUUAGGUCCAUAUAACCUAACAAUUUCAAAAUGAACGUUCUGCAAAGAAAUGCCCGAAAACUGUGCAAAUUCGCGGAAAAUCUCCACAAUCAGUCCCGAUUAAAGGGCACGUUCAGGGCGGCCGUUUUAACCAAAAAGGGCGAACCCCUGUCAAUCCAAGAACGACCGAUCGAAAAACUCAAAAGCAAACAAGUAAGAGUGAAAGUCGCGUACGUUAGCGUGAAUUCCGUCGAUUGUCACAAGUUCAGGCAUGGCGGGGGAGAAUUGCCUUUCAUCCCGGGUUACGAAUUGGCCGGCGAAGUUAUAGAAAAGGGCAAGGAUGUGGGUAACGAGAUAAUACGCGUUGGUGAACGUGUGGCUGGUCUCAGUCUCAUGCAUUUUGGAGGAUUCGCCGAACAGUGCAUUUUGGAUAUCGAUGAUGUGUGGAGAAUACCUGGAGAUGUGGAGAGGAAAGAUGCUGCCGUAUUAGCUUAUGGACACUCCACAGCCAUCUACACCUUCUCAAAAUUGUCCAAUUUGAAAGAAAAAGAAAAGAUUGUUAUAAGUACUGGACCAGCAGGUAUGGGUUUAGCAGCUGUGGAUGUAGCAGCCAACAUUUAUGGAGCUAGUGUUUUAGGGGUUGUUGACAAUGAAGCACUGGGUGAAUUGGUGAGGGAAAGAGGAGCAUUGUCAACAUUCAUUUUUAAUUCUAAUUUAGAUAAAGAAGUGAAGAAAGCUACUGAAAAUAAAGGUGUGAAUAUUGUAUAUGAUGCUGUAGGUGAUCAUAUGAUGACAACUUUAAAAAACUGUGCGACAUUUUGUGGCAAAAUUUUCUAUGCAGCACCCAACUUCCUUGAGACAAUGUCACCACCACCACCACACACAUUCUUUUCUAUUGUAAGUUUAAAAGCAUUAAGGGAGCAGAAAAGGAAUUUAUAUAAAACUGUUGUGUCUGAUACUUUGGAACUGGCUAAUAAUGGGUCAAUUAGUGCUCACAUAAGUGCUAAGUUUGAAUUGGAAGAUGUUAAUAAGGCUAUAGAAUUUAUUGAACAGAAAAAAUGUACUGGAAAGGUUUUAAUACACAUAGAUUAAGAUAAUAAACUUAUUAUUUAGUAUUAAUAACAUAGUUUUAUUAUAUAUAACUUUAGUUAUUUAUACAAUUAAUUUUUGUUUAAGGAAAAGGUAAAUAAACGAUUGUUAUUAAAUUAA